CCCCAAUGGAAUUCAACACAUCGCGCCUGGGAGGGGAACAGACAAACAAGAGAAGAAGCACGUUUCUCGAACCAUCCCCAACCAAACCAGUUUCGGUCGGAACCGCCACACACAAACGACGGCGACGACGCAACCACCGUCCGUUCCCGAAACCGCACCGUAAUCGGCGAAUACACCGGCAAGUGAUGACCGAUUAAGCGGCGGCAAAACCAGACGAAAAUGGAUGAACAAUACGAAAGCACCACCAGCAGGGAGGAACAAGAAGAAGCAUUAAUCGCUCUCAUCGAACACCGCACCCAUGAAGUCAAAAACAUCCGCAAACGCAUCGCUUAUUACCAAUCUCAGCUUGAGGAGUCAGAGAAGAGGUUGCAUGAUUCUGAAUCGAAAUUGGCUCGCCUUCGCGGUCCGGCCAAUGCGGUUUCGUCUAGGAAAAAUGAUAGGUUGGAUAAUAAUGGGAUUAAAUCGGUGAAGAUGGAGCGGAGGUCGAGCAGUCCUGUUGAUAGGAAUGAAGGUUCUUCUAAGAACCAUCAUCAAUCUCAAUCUAAAUCUGAGCUUGUUAUUCCUGCGGUGGCUCCGAAAGUUUCGCUACUUACAAUGUUGCAAAAGUCUGCUGCAAAAAGUGUGUUGAGUUCCGGUUCGGAAGCUAGUGGAGGAGGGAAAGCUGAGAAGGCUCUUGCUAGAGUUUCUAGUGAGCAGCAGAACACUGAAGUUAAGGAAAGGGCGGCAAAAAGGAAAUUUGAGGAGAAAGAACACAAGGAAUUGAUUCCUAUGAUAUGCAAGAGUUCUUCACUGAGCUUGGUGCACUGUCAAUCAAGCAACCACAUCUCAAGUCAACACAAGAGGAAAUUGCGGAGUAUUGCUCUGUGUCCCGUGAAUGAUCAGCUUUUUGUGACCAGUGCUUUGGAUGGAGUGGUCAACAUGUGGCAAGUUCAAGCUAAGGGAUCAGGAGCCUCUCGUCUUAGCUCUACUGAUUGUGUAUCUCCAAAGCAAAGGAGAUGGCCAGAAGAUAUAACUUGGCACCCAGAAGGGCACAGCCUAUUUUCAGUAUACACUGCUGAUAGUGGAGACUCUCAAGUAUCAGUUACCAAUCUGAAUAAAUCAAAAGGGGCAGAACGUGUAAAAUUCUUAGAGGAUAAGCCUCAUGUUAAGGGAAUUAUCAAUGGUAUUGUCUUCAUGCCCUGGGAAAACACAUGUUUUGUUACUGGCGGAAGUGACCAUGCUGUUGUACUUUGGAGUGAGCAGGAUGGUGAGAACACAUGGAAGCCAAAAGUAUUGCACAGAAAUCUUCAUUCUUCUGCUGUCAUGGGAGUUGCUGGUAUGCAGCAGAAGCAGAUUGUGUUAUCUGCUGGUGCAGACAGGAGAAUAUUUGGGUUUGAUGUUCGCGUAGGAAGAGCAGAUUUCAAACAUCAGGUUGAUAGUAAAUGCAUGAGUGUCCUGCCUAAUCCAUGUGAUUUCAACUUAUUCAUGGUUCAAACAGGGACUCAUGAGAAGCAGCUUCGAUUAUACGAUAUUAGACUGAGGCAGACAGAACUUCAUGCUUUUGGAUGGAAGCAAGAAAGCAGCGAUUCUCAGUCAGCUCUGAUAAACCAGACUUGGUCUCCAGAUGGGCUUUACAUAGCAUCUGGUUCAGUGGAUCCUGUGAUUCACAUCUUUGAUAUAAGAUAUAAUUCUCACAAACCUUCGCAAUCUAUAAGAGCUCAUCAGAAACGAGUCUUUAAAGCCAUGUGGCUUCAGUCUAUUCCUCUUCUCAUUUCCAUAUCAUCUGAUCUCAACAUUGGACUACACAAGAUUUACUAGAUAAUCAUCUCUUGCCAAUGACUGACCACCUCUGCAUAAGUAGUGUGUUCUCCAUGAUGGUUUUGGUGCUGAAUAUUGAAUUACUUAACAUGGAAUUUCUGAACUUGAGUUUUCAUAUAUGACCUGUGGAAUUUUGUGCAUUGCAAGUUGCAACGAGUAAUUUGUAUGGAGCGGGAAAUUAGGAAACUUUUGGUUGACACGAUGUAUUUUGCAGUUGCUUUUGGUUGAGAAGAAAAUGAGAGGACAAGCAUUCUUUUAUCUCUGAUAUCAAUCAAGUUCAUUCCUCAUA